UCGGAGAGACCUUUGUGGGCGAUCAGAAUAUUAACCCUUAUUAUUUAGUGAUAGUGAAGUGACAAAUGGACUCGUUACUUCAAUACAGUGAACUGUCGGAGCGUCUAAGCUCGCAGUUACCGGAGUUGACUUACCACGAUGAUAACAAUAAUAAUGAUUUUGAAGGUACGUCUCCCGCAAAGGGCGAUAAAUAUUCCCUUAGACCCAGGUCUUUGAGACGGAUGACUGAAACUGCUAAAGAAUCACUAGGCGAAAUUACCCAAAGGCAAAGUAAAUCGCAUAAACCUAAACAGAAAGCUGCGCCUUUAAGCAAAUAUAGAAGAAAAACCGCCAACGCCAGGGAAAGAAAUCGUAUGAGAGAGAUAAAUCAAGCCUUCGAAACUCUAAGAAGGAUUAUUCCACAUAUGCAGGCUACUCAGUUGGCUGCUGGUAAUAAUGAAAAAUUAACUAAAAUUACUACGCUUCGCUUAGCUAUGAAAUACAUCUCGACUUUAAGUGCAGCGUUAAACGGCAGCAGUGAAUUAGAAUCGCUGUCAGAUUACAGUGACUUCGAUUGUUUAUUUUUGGAAUCUGACGGUGAAUCGAUAUCAGACCACUCUGGUUCGUUGCUGACUUCUCCCGAUUUUCCCGAACCGUCGUUGUCACCUGUAGAUUUUAGUGAUCCUUCCUUACCUGCGCUUCUACACACCGACUUUACAGAACACUCCUUAGAACCUGCUGAUUUUAGUGAUUUUUUGUUAACGUAA